AUGGAAGCGAGACUGCAAAGCGGUGUUGAUGAAUGUCUUGACAGAUGUAUUUCUAGUGCUUUCUCCAAUAUUGAUUUAAUGAUAAGCAACAAAUACUUUGUUGCAUUUACAUGGAUGAUCAGUUUGUUUGCUGUUAUUGGAAAUUUAUUCGUGGCAAGCAGAUCAAUUCGAAACAUCUUCUUUCCUAAACAACAACUUUCAAAGAUUGAAUUAAUCAACAAAUCUUUGAUAUUUAACUUAUCACUCUCGGACUUACUUGUAGGGAUAUAUACAUUGGCCAUUUGCAUCAAGAAUGCAACAAUAACAAAGAAUUAUUGUAAAACGGACAGACAAUGGCGAAGUGGUUCCACGUGUUCUGCUCUUGGAACUCUGCUUUUGAUUGGAUCAGAAAAUUCUGUAUUUACUCUAACCAUUAUUACAGGAUUUCGAAUGAAAACUGUACUGAGGCCUUUUGCAAAAGAAACAUCAAUGAAGAUGAUCGCAUGUUUGAUGGCACUUUCAUGGGUAAUUUGCAUCUUGUUGGGAUUGAUUCCGGUCUUCAAUUUUACUCAGGACUUUUUUAUCGACAGCAUUUGGUACGACAGACAUCCUUUGUAUUCAACUAUAAAUAAAAACGAUGUUGAAAAUUUGUCUCGUGCACUUCUAACAAAACAGAGAUUUGAAGAUGAUCCAGCUAUAGAAAAAAAACUUGGAACAUGGUCGUUGCUAGAAUCUCUAAUCAGCGAUUUAAAUUCGACAUACAAGGUUGAACGUAGGUUUGGAUAUUACUCCACUCACGGAGUUUGCCUUCCCACUUUGUUCCCAAACCCUGAUACUGACACUGCUUGGUUGUAUUCACUGUUCAUCCUGAUCGUGAACUUUUUGGCAUUCUUCGUCAUCUUUAUCGGAUACGUCAAAAUAUACAGGAAAACACAGGAAAAGAAUGCUGCCGUCAGCGACAAAUUAAGGCAGAAAGAGCAAUAAAAAUGCAA